AUGACAUCUGAGAUUUAUUUGCUAAACCAACAGAUUGUUGAACUUAGGGCUGAGAAUGCUUCGUUCAUGGGCGAAAAUUCUGUGCUCUCAGGUGAGAACGCCAAGGUUAAGACUGAGAAUGCCGAGGUUAAGACUGAGAAUGCGAAGCUAAGACGGGCUAUGGAAGAGAAUACUGCCAGACCCGCAAAACUAGAGCAGAGCGAUAAAGAAAAAGCGGAGCUCAUCGCAAAACUAAAUUGUGAUAUCGAGGAAUCAGGCAGGACCAGAUUGCUAUUAAUGCACAGAGUGUACUUUCUACUAAAGAUGUUUCGGCGCAAACCAACACAUCCAUGCCGAAAUCUCUCAUAG